AUGCGGGGUCUCUCGUCCUGCUCCCGGCAUAAGAACGCAGGACAUGGGAAGGGUGGCUCCCACGAGUGCCAAGUCGCCUGGCCCAUCCGCCUCGACGGAGCCCUCACCCUCACCCUCACCCUCCCGCAACACGGCCCUUCUCUUCGCUCCGGCUCCUCCUCACCUCAGGCCGCGGCGCCUCGAUCCUCCGCGUCUCCAGAGCGCACGUCCUUCUCCUUCUCCGCUCUAGGCCCUAUCCGGGCUGUCCGCCCGGCGACCGCGGCUCCCGCUCAGCUGCGUCCGGGGGUUCCCCGCGCGACUCCGCGGGCCUCCGGGCCUCUUGCCUCAGCUCCCACUGGCUCCCUACUCCUUCCCGCAGACACGGCACGCGGCCCUCCUCCCGCAGCGGGGCAAUGCGCCCCCUCGACUCCACCCCGAGACGCCCCCACCGCGCCCCGCCCCCGAACUUGGGGUCUGUACGCUGAUUGGCCCCCGCGAGACCCGGCGCGCCAGGGCAUUGGCCCAGCGGCCUCCCGACAGCGAGGGGGCGGGACGCCAGGCGUGAGCGAUUCCCGUAACGCGGCUCCCAGCGUCCCGGAUUUCGGUGGCUGCAUCCGCGUCGCCUCUCCCAGACUAGAUCGAAGGGUUCCCCCCACCUCCCCUCUGCGGGCGGAAGGAGCGGAAUGUUCCAUUUUUCCGUGGAAUAAUGGGGUCGUGAACUGA